AUGGGACUCACAAAUCCGGGGCCCGGUUUAGAGUCGAUGGUUGACUCAGUGAAGGAGGUUCCAGUUCCCGAGUGCAAAAACAUGUUCAAGAAAAUGCAUGGGAAUUUGGUGCGUAGAAUAAAGCUAUUGAGUCUGUUUGAGGAAUUGAGUGAUAGCAACAGAGAGCUUAGUGAAGAAGAGAUAAAAAGCUUGGAAUUGUGAGAGUUAAUGAGAUCAACUGUUGAUCAUGCUUUCAUUUCACAGUGCUUGCAAAGGGACAAGAUUACAGCAGAAUUUCAGCAAAUGACUGAACAAAUUGAAGCAGCAUUAAGUGAGAUCCCUUAUGAUAAAUUUGAUUUAUUGGAGGAAGUUCGAGAACAGAUUGAACUUGUGCACAUUCAAUUCAAAAGAGCGAAAGGAAGACCCGACUCACCUGAUGUACAACUGGAACUUGAUUUAGCAAUAGCACAGAAAGAAAAAGACCCUGAUCCUACUGUGCUAAAAAGACUUUCAGAAAAGCUGCAACUUAGAACUAUCAAUGAUUUAAAAAGAGAGUCCGUUGCUUUCCAUGAAUUGGUCAUUUCAAGUGGUGGAGAUCCCGGAGAAUAUUUUGAGAAUGUAUCAACCCUGCUUAAGAAGCUAAAGGACUUUGUGCUGAUUGAAAACCCAGAAGUUGACAUCUCUGAUGGUGAGAAGGGCUUAAUUAAACACAGAUCGCCUGUUAUCCCAGAUGAUUUCCGUUGUCCUAUUUCUCUUGAAUUGAUGAAAGAUCCUGUGAUCGUCUCAACUGGACAGACAUAUGAAAGAUCCUGCAUUCAGAAGUGGUUGGACGCAGGGCACAAAACCUGUCCCAAAACACAGCAGACACUGCUGCACACAGCAUUAACACCUAACUAUGUUUUGAAAAGUCUGAUUGCUUUGUGGUGUGAGAGCAACGGUGUUGAGCUUCCUAAAAAUCAAGGGACAUGUAGAAGCAAAAAACCAGGAAGCAGUGUUUCUGAAUGUGAUCGAGCUGCUAUAGUUGCCUUGUUAGAGAAAUUAGCAUAUGGAAAAUUGGAAGAGCAAAGAGCAGCUGCUGGUGAGCUCAGGUUGCUGGCAAAAAGGAAUGCAGAUAAUAGAGUGUGUAUUGCCGAUGCGGGAGCCAUACCGCUUCUUGUAGAGCUAUUAUCCUCCACUGAUCCUCGGACCCAGGAGCAUGCUGUAACAGCACUGCUUAACCUUUCCAUAAACGAUACUAACAAGGGAACAAUUGUAAAUGCCGGAGCGAUACCUGAUAUAGUAGAUGUGUUGAAAAAUGGCAGUAUGGAGGCCAGGGAAAACGCAGCUGCAACCCUUUUCAGUUUGUCCGUUAUAGAUGAAAACAAAGUGUCAAUUGGAGCAGCUGGGGCGAUCCCUGCUCUUAUUAAAUUACUUUGUGAAGGGACACCAAGAGGAAAGAAGGAUGCUGCCACUGCAAUUUUUAAUCUUUCUAUCUAUCAGGGAAACAAGGCGAGGGCUGUUAGGGCUGGCAUAGUGCCACCGCUGAUGAGAUAUCUGAAGGAUGCUGGAGGUGGAAUGGUGGAUGAAGCAUUGGCAAUUCUGGCUAUUCUUGCAAGUCAUCAAGAAGGGAAGACAGCAAUUGGUCAGGUUGAACCAAUUCCAGUUUUGAUUGACGUAAUAAAAACUGGUUCCCCACGCAACAGGGAGAAUGCUUCGGCAAUAUUAUGGUCUCUAUGCACUGGUGAUUUGGAACAGUUAAAAAUUGCCAGGGAGCUUGAUGCAGAAGAGGCAUUGAAGGAACUGUCGGAGAGUGGUACUGAUAGAGCGAAGAGAAAAGCUGGAAGUAUACUAGAACUCCUCCAACGGACUGAUGAUGUUAUUCAUGUUUCUUAAAUUCUUACAGUGCUGCCAUUGCGAUGAAAAGCAAUAACUUAUACAAACAUUUCAGAACAUUGCGAAGAGAACAUAGAUGUUGAAGCUGUAUAUUUCAAUGAAGGUGCCUAUAUUCAUCCGAGUGUUUCAUAAAGUGUGUUCAAGUUAUACAUGGAUGGCAUGGAUCAAUUGGUCGACACAGAUGAGAAGACUCUUUACUACCAAAAGUUGGUAGCAGUUGGAAGGCCUGGUGUUGUGCAAGAAGGGGCAGCAAAAACCACUUUCAAUACACAGGUGCUUUUAAAAUUCCAGCAAGUUAUUGUAUAUUUUGUUUAGGUGCUUUAAGACAACUGUGGAGAAAUGAGGUAAUUCUGUAGCCAACCAGUGUAACUUUGUUGAUGUUAUUAAAUGUAGAAACAGGUAUAGAUUUUACAUUUAUGUGAUUAUUGAUAGCUAAAAAGUCUUUGUACCGUUGGCUUGUUCUGAUUUUAUAACAAGGAAUUUGGAAUUCAUGUUGUAUAAAAGUCGGAUUCUUUGGUA